AUGGAUAAACGAAAUGAACAAUGACAGAAUCGCAGUCAUUGGUAGCGCCUUAUAACAUCGGCUUGAACGAAAGAAAUGAACUAGGUGUUGUAAGCGAAGCAGCUAGACGAAUAGCAGCAGCCUCUGUACCUGUACUUUGCGGAACUACUAGCUCGGAUCACUUGAUUACACUUCUAGACUCAAUUUCUCUACUAUCUUCAGACCUUCAAGACCACUCUCAGGUUAAACACUACGUGGAGAGGAUAUGUUUUUAUCUGGAAAGAAACCCCAACACAAAGCUACAGAGUAAAAUAAAGCAGAUAUUCCCUAAGCUCGCUGCAGCAUACAAACGGCAGGUAUGGCAGACGGGGACUCCACGUGCAACUCCUGCGCAGCAGCGCACGCAACAUGCGGAGAAGCGCAGUCGUGCUCAUCAUGUGCCAGGCCCGGAGGUGUUUCUUCUUAGGGACGCUGAGGUCGAGAAAGUGGCACUGCUCACCAUGGCAGACCUGCGGGACUCCCUCCCAAAUGUGGCGUGCGAGAUGGCGAGCUAUGAGGCAGCUUGGCGGGGUGCUUUAGGGAGCACCGCCGCCGCCCUUAAACUUAGACUUGCAGACAACAUUUCCAGUGAUACUGUCCAUUUGAGGGCAGAGGAAGUUGUGGAGCCACAAACAGUUGUAGAAGCAACUCGCAAAUCAUUCGUAUUCCCCAAAUCUAAACCCCCCAGAACUGGUCGAGAGGUUGUGGACCACAUCUUGUCUGGGAUGCUGACCACGCAGACCUACAUCGCCUACCUCAACAAACCCAACCCUACCAGGCCCUACCACCUCAUCGUGGUACCCAAAUCCAAACUCCAGCCAGAACACUUUAUCAUGUCUUCUUUCGGUGUGAUGCAUGUGCUGCCCAACGGGGAUAAUGAAGUGUACAGUUUAUCAAAAUGGCUGAGGAAUGCACAGAUCUAUGAUCAUAUCAUCGAUAUACGUUUCUUCAAACAUUUCAACCUUCUUCGUCACUUUCUACGAUGGAGAAUUAACGCAGUUCUUGAGAGGUUUGAAAGACACAGGAACAUUAUUCAGAACGAUCUGCUAAUUACUGUUCCUACCUUCGGUAAAAACCUCCUACAGAUACAUGCUCUUAUUUUCGAGUUGAUGACGGUACCUAAGACCAGUAUAGAACACAUCAUACCCGGUACACUGAAGAACUUCUCCGAUACCGCUAAGAAGCAGCUGCAGUUUCUGAUAAAGUACAUCACCAGAUUCCUUCAUUACACCAAACAACUAGACGCCACCGCUGACCAGUAUCUAACUAGUCGGCUGCAAGACGCUACAGUGAACAACAGACCUUCACCUGAUUACCUGACAAACCCUAUCUCGGUACAGAAAGAAAAGAAGCACAUGAGACUGCAGUACCUGCAACUGUGUCGCAGUCAGCACUCCUGCCUUCCUAAUUACAGGAGAUCAGUACAGUUUAUGGUUCAGAAUCUGGUGGUUAACUUCGUUGCAGACUCGACUAUUCACCUGAUCGGAAAGAUAGAGAAUUUCAUCGGUGAAGGUUCGGGCUCGUUGGUAACAAUAAACCUGGUGUACGGAUUAAGCAGUGAGUCUGAGGAUGUAAUCAUCAGUUACCCUCCUAUAGACAAUAUAGAGUCUACUCUCUUCUCACUGCUCCCCAACAUUGCAUCAGCAGUGCUGAGUUGCGCCAGAGAGUGGUUACCAGAUAACGCACUGUUAAAACCUGAUAAAGUUAACCAAAUUCUCAGCUACAACAAGGAGUAUUCAGAGUCCUUAUCUCGAUACCAAGAGGUGUUAGAAACAGCGCUGAACGAAGUCCAGGAGUAUUGUCGAGAAAAGGAGUGGCUCUGUGAGAUUAGAGCCUUUGUUAGGACCUGGAAAAGUGUGGACCGGUAUAAGGGGUCUCAAGCUACUUACAUACAGGAAGUGCUGGAGAAGUUGAAGUUCUGGAGUCAGCAUGUGGAGAGUUUGACGACAGAGUUUGAUACAACAAACAACUUGUUCCACAUCAGCUGCUCUGCCCUGUACAGCGCUUUACAACCGGCCCUGGGAGAGAUAUACGAGUCCCUGAUAACAAUGGUUCAGAGCGAAUUUGACGAGCGAGGUGCUCGGCUGAUUGAGGAAACUCAGAAUAAACACCAGAUGCUGAAAGCACAAAAAGCUGAGGUGUCAAGUUUUGCUGAGUACGCUAAGACGCUGAGUAACGUGAAGCUGAACACUGAGGAACUGUUAGCGGAGAAGGAGUACAUCAAGUCUCUCUACGGGAUCUUGCAGAAACUUAAGAUAGAUAACCCACUCAUGGCUGAGAUAGACAAGAGACUGCAGCUACAAUGGGAGUUGUAUCUCAUGGUGCUCCAUGAUGGAGAGACCUUCAUCACCAAGGAGGCUCCGGCUAUGUUACAGGGCCUCGACGAGCAAAUAAAGACCCUAGAAAUAGAAGCAGAGAUGAUCCUGCGUAAGAUAUCACAAGUGGACUCCCCGUACUGUAACCCUAACACUGAUCACGCAGUAAUAAUGCCUCUAGUUGAAGAUGCCAAGAAAAAAAUCUUGGAACUAAAGGAGACGAUGACAAUGUAUAGCGAUUGGAAAUUCAGUAUUUCCAACAAUUAUCACAAUCUACAGAAAAUUCAGGUGGUUCAAACGAAAGUUGACGCACGCCACGACGUUUGGGCAACUCUGCAAACAGUGUGCCAGACUGUACAAACUUGGCAAGAAACCAAGUUUAGCGAGUUUGAUACGAUCUCCGCCUCAGCUCAGAUCCAAACUUGGCUCCAAACAGCUGACUAUCUCCGGAGUGUGCUGCCAGAACGGGACCGUAUCCUCACUAACCUUGACAUUAAGAUUGAUAACGUUUCUAAAUUUGUGCCAUUGUUAGUGCAGCUGAGCUCGGAAAGUGUCAAAACUCAUCACUGGCAAGAGAUACACAUUUGUAUGUCUGAGAUGUACGAUUCUAAACAAGAGCUAUACGUGAGCCACCUUAUGACCAGCAAACUACUUCAAAACAAAGACGUUAUAUCUAGAAUCUGUGGACAAGCCCUGACAGAGCACACGCUGGAGCAAAGUAUGGUGGAGCUGGAGCAGUACUGGGAGUGCAGGGAGUUCACUCUUAGGAAGAUAUCUAUCCCUAAACAGAAUCCCAACAAGAACAGAAAACCAGCCUCUGAAAGUGUCUUUAUUCUGGACAGUGAAGAUAACAUCAUUGGGCAAAUAGACGAUCACCAAGUGUUGCUACAGUCGAUGCUGGCUUCGCCCUACAUACAGGAACUCCAUGUCAGAGCUGAGACCUGGCUUGUUCUGCUACAACAACUACACGUUAUCAUGCACCUCUGGCCUGUUUGCCAUACCAACUGGCUGUACCUGACUGAUGCCCACGUGGAAGGCAAGACAGAAGCACUGGACGAGGAGGAUAUACACGUGUUACUGGAGGCCGACAGAGACUUUAGGCAACUACUGAUAGUGACAUGGGAGGACCCGCUAGUGAUGUCGUUAUUCGGUAAGAAGAGUCUGAGUAACGUGCGGGAACUACAGGGAGACAAGCUGAUCUUGAGGCUGGAGACCCUGCAGAGACACCAGGAGGGGCUGAUGAAGCAGCUAGGGCUGGUCGUGCUCAGUGCUAGAGGUUAG